AUGGACAUUCUGGCUACCCAGGAAGUUCUUUCCGAACCAUCUUUUACCUUCUUUCUCGAGGAAGUGGAAUGUCCAUGGGUCACACCGUAUGAUGGCGCCAACUGGAGACGUAUAAAACAUGUCAUGAUCGAGAUGGGAAAGUCUGAUGAAGUCAUCGCUUCUGCUAUCGUAGCGGUUGCAGUGUUGUACAAAGGGCAGUUAUAUGGCUUACCGUUAUCCAAGGCCUUGUCUAUCUACCAUACUUCGAAAGCCGGAUAUGAGAAAGUUUUGAACGACGAUAGCAAUAGCACAGACAAUAGCGACGGAUACGAGAGGGUGUUGGUAACCACACUCCUACUGUGUUUGUUUGAAUUCAUCAAUUACGAAAUGAUCCCUAGUCUGAAGGAAUUAGCCGAGCCAUUCAUGGACAAAUUGGAGGCCUGGAAACAAUCACCAUCGUUUCAACAAACUGAAGUUUCGGCCAAAAUAAUUACAUGGCUUAAACUACUAUAUGUGACCACAAUGCGAGGAGGUGGUAUGGGAAUCAUCCCUGAAAAUGUAUUCAGAGCAUUCCCAGACUACGCCCACAGCGCAGGAUCUCCUGCCCUUGACCCGAACCCAGACGCUUCAGACCAUUUAUACGACUUAUUAAGUGCACCAAUAUUUGAUUUCUACUUUCAGCUCCAAAUGUUAUCCGGCGAAAUCGCGAAAGAAACUCACUACCACCGGUCACGCACUACAGGUAUGGAUCAGGAGGAUGUAAUUCAAGCAAUAGCCAAUAUCAAAUCACGACUUUAUAAUCUUUGGGAAAAUCGUCCAUCUAUUCAGCAACAAUCGCCCAAAGAUCUACGGUCUUGUGUUGCCCCCAGGAUCGCCGGUCCUAUUAUAGGGCUCAUGGGAGUUUGUGCCGCAGCAUACUAUACAGAAAUAGUAGAGAUUGAUCGCGUGCUUGGUGAUCCCGUGAGCAAAUCUGAGGACUCGCGAGAAGCAAGACAUCAGAUUCGAAUGAUUAUUGAAGGGAACGAUAUCGAUGGGGUUGAUUGGAAUACAUAUGACCACAAUGGCCGACUGAACUCAGGGUUUUUACGGCCACUGUUUCUUUACGCUAUUGAGUGUAUGGACCGCGACGAGAAUGAAUGGGCAGUAGAAAAGAUCAGCCAAAUCAGAAAUCAGAUCUGUCGAAGCCAGUUCUUUGCCAUGUUUGGCAAGGCGCUUUCUGAUGCUCAGUUGCGCAAGGAGAGGCGUGUUACUUCGAAGUAUUUUUGCAUUUGGUAUUUCGGGGUUGCGCCUCCUUUCAUGUAG